UAACUACUAAUUGCAAAGAAACGCCCAUCGGCAGUGUUUUUGCAUCUAGCAGUUUAACAUCAACAAAGGCACCGAGCUGGAAGAUCCCGCACAGCAGCUAGGACCGUGCUGUUGUGCUUCAGCAGUUCUAAGCUGUACUGGCUGUUGCAUAUUGAAGGGGUCCUCUGCCGGCAUUUGCAGCCCCUGUAGCCGAGUUCCUUCGUUCCAUCCUGCUGCAGAGAGAAACUCUGAGGAUUCAGUCAGCUCUCACUGCAGUCUCCGAGAACCAUUUCUCCAGCGCCGGAGAGUAUCCGCUUUCCAAGAAUCCUAAAAUGCAAGGGAAAUCUCAUUUAAUAGUUUUGACUUCCCUGCUGGUGGCAGCGGCAUACUCCAUCUCGUCAGUGUGCGCCAAAGGAACUUAUGGGAGUCAUUAUCGAUCCUACAGCUUGCACAGCCCCGGACCGCUCCUGUCGCGUUAUAGCCCGGGGAGGCACAUGGGGAGACAUCGGAAUUAUUGCGCAUACAUUGUUGAGAGGAACAUAACUUGCGCUGUCCAAGAUAGCUCUGAAGCGUAUGUAAAAGUUGAAUAUCAGAAGUGCCUGUGGGGUCAGAAAUGUCCUGUUACCAAGCAUCAGACAUUUUACAGACCCAAGUACAGAAUUGGAUAUAAAACUGUUACAGAGCUGGAAUGGAGAUGCUGUCCUGGAUUUUCUGGAAGUACAUGCCAAGAAGGACCAACUAGUCUCCCAGGUAUACUGGCGCAUCCAUCAGGCCAAAAGGGACCUCCAGGCCCUCCGUUCCUUCCUCAUCCUGGUUUACCCACUGGACAAAAUGUAUUUCCAAAUAAGAAGGCCUUUCCACACCCAAAGACUAGUCUCACCAAAACGGGCUUUAAUGAUAAUAUGAUACCAUCCGUAGUUGGAGAGAGGAUACAAUAUUUGGAAGAAAAGAUACAGCACCUGUCAACAUCCUUUGAGACCUUACAGACUGCAGUAAACAGAAUAAAUGUCCACCUCAAUGCUCCAGAAAGAGUGCAGACAGUAGUGCAUCCUUUUAUGAACCCAGAUACAAGAAUUGAAUUUGGUGUUAUUCCUGAUGCAACACUAGAUAUUGUAGACAAAGCUGAAGCAACAUAUCCAAGAGUUGAAGACCUAAUGGGAAAAGUAAGUCAGGUGACAGAAGAGAUCAAUUCAAGGAGUGGUUUGUUGGGUGAAGUUCGUGAUAUGGUCCUUGACCAUGACAGUAAAAUCAAACACCUUUUGGAAUCUGCUAGGCCAUCACCUUUGACUUCUUUUGACCUUCUUGAUGAAUAUGUUCGCAAAAAAUUUGAUGCAUUUCGAGCAGAAUUACUUGAUGGCUUUGAUAAGAAACUUUUUGAUGUGAAGUCAUCUUUUGAUGAUAAGAUAAAAGAAAUCACAGAGCAUUGUGUGCAGAACAGCAAUACAAUUCAGCAAUUACAAAUGUCAAUAGAUGGGAAAGAAUCUGACAUGAAAAAAGACAUUGUUCACUUAGAAACUCAAGUACAAGGACUUACUGUUGUGGAAAGUUGCUGUAGUACUGUUAACUACUUCACAGAUAAACUUACUAAUCUGGAAAACAAUCUCAUUGGACUAUCUGAUUAUCAGAACACACUGCAAACCAGACUUGAAAGUAUCAUAUCACAAUCUUCUACCUCUACUAUUGAAAGUAUUUUUGAUAGUAGAUUUGAAGAGAUUGAGAGCAGAAUGAAUAUGACAGAAAGAGACGCUGGUGACUGUUGUCACAAUGUGGAAGGUGAUAUAAGACUGCUGUUCAAUUCUGAAGUUGAUGGCUUCAAAGCACAUUUUAAUGAUAAAUUCAAGAACUUUGAAGAUCGGUUUUGGACUGUAGUAGACGGAAUGAACAAUGCUUCUCUACCAGUCACACUGGAUGGUAAUCAAGCUCCAUUUCUUGAAACAGCAAUACAUGUUGUAAGGAAGGAACAUAAUCAAAGUCUGGCUACAUUGGAAACCAAGUUAAAUAUGCUAGAAGGCAUGUGUAGCACAAGUUGUAGUUCAUUUUUCGAAGAUGUAGAAACCAUAAAAACAGAAAUUGAGAGCUCUCAAGAUAAGAACCAAGACCUUAUAGCUAAGCUAGACUAUUAUGUUGAUCUUGUAAAAAAAGUUAACUCCUCUGUAUAUGAACUCCAAAAACUAAUAGAGAAGAAAGAUGAAGAACUCAUUCAAGGUGAAAUCACUUUAUUAAAAAUAAAUCUUAAUUCUGUUAAUAAAUCUGUUAAAGGCCUUAAAGACUCUGUAAACAAAUAUAGUUCAGCAGUUUUGCAUGUAAAUUCAUCCCUGGAGCAGCAUGCACACAAAGUAGCCGAUGAGGUGUAUGCAAUCCAUGACACUGUUAAUACCCAGAAGACACGCCUUAUGCACAGCAGUUUCCAACUUCAGGAUCUCAGGGGUCAGCUGCUGAGGCUAAAAAACAGACUGAUGUCUGAAGUUAGUAACUGCAAGCAUUUUACAGAUGACAUAGAGAGAGAAGUGUCCCAGUUUGAUAGCAGGGUGAAUCAAGUUGAGAGCAUGUGCAACACACUGGGUGUAGUAAGUGGAGAUUUGGAGGACAUGAAAGACGAAUUAGAGAAACAAACAUCCAGUUUAUUUGAUUACCUGGGAAGGAUAAAUGGCACAUUGAUAACCCAGACUUCUGACAUUGCUAGAAUGAAUGUAAGCCUUCAGGACUGUCAGUCCAGAGUUAAUAAAGUCAGUGAACUUAUGAAUUACUUGACUGCAAAUGAAACAAACCACUAAGCAUGCAAUGAAUACUUCUGUGUGAAGCAACAAAUUAAGCUAAGGAUAUCAAAAUGGCCUGUGUUUUAAGCUUGAAAUAAACUGUAAUAUUUCUAUUUGAGAUUUCUGGUUUGGCUGGAAAAAAUCCCUUCAGAUUUCUGGAGAUUUUUACUUUCUUUGCAUUGUUUUCACCAUUUUAAAUUAUGUGGAGAUAACACUACAACAUUGAGAGCAUGCUGUACAGACUGUAUACACUGUUCUAGUGUAGGAAAAAAAUGUUUACAAAGCUUAAUUUUGUUUUGUAAUAACUGGCAAAGAGGCAUAAACAAGAAAUUCUAUUUUUUCAUGAUGGACUUCGUACACAACUGCUCUGAAUGCUGUAAAGACUGAGUAAUUGGCCUUGUUCUUUCAGCUUAUGAUUUUGUAGUGUAAUGAAUGACAAUUGUAUUUACCACAAAAAUAAUCUUUAAAUACGAUUGUUGAUUCUUAGAAUGGAAACUAUUAGUGUAUUACUACAAACUACCCUUUUAAUGCAGAGUUUUACAAAUUGACUUAAUAAAUGUUUAUUAGUAGCAAUAAUUUGGCCAGUAACCAAGUUCCUCUGAGAACAAUGGAUAUAAAAGUGUAGACUGGUAAAUAACCAAAAAACAUUGUAUACUUGACUUCAUAAGUAAGAGAGUAAAUACAAUAAAAAUGCUGUCGAAAGCAGUUAUUUUGUGCUGUUGUUCCAUAAAAGAGCAGCAUUACAUUACUAUUCCAGUAAGUCCGUGCUACUGCUUGACAAACUGCAGAGUAAAUUAUCUGACAUUGCAUUCCUUACCCAUUUUCUUCAUUAAAGGAUCACUAUUGUAAGAUAUUAACAAAAUACUUUAAUCGUACAUUGAUAUUUUUAUGUAUUACUAAAGGUAUCACAUUUCUCUAGUUAGUAGGAAAUAUUUUAUCAUUUGUUCCACCACAAAAUGGCCUGAUAGUAGCUGCAAUACUUAAGUGAUUUUGUUUUUCUCCCUAAAAUUCUCGCUCUCACAGUGUAAAAAAACAAACAAAAAAAAAACAGACUCCAAGGAAAGUGCAAGAUACAUUUGUAAGCGCUUUUGGCCACUACAAGUAAGGUGAACUUCAUCAGA